AUGGAACACGCCCUGCCUAUACGCCGACCGACGGCAAUCUGUCUACAGCAGCUGGGGCGGUUCGUGGCGCUUCCGCUCUGUGCUGCUGCACAGCAGCAGCAGCAGCAAUGUCGGCCGUGCAGCGCGCAAUUCCACCAGAGCCGAUUGAUCUCGUCAGCACCGUGCCAUCCCAGGCGAAAGGGCAGCUGUGCUCGGCCGAGCCACAGGUCGUACGCCUCUGUCUCGGCAGCCGAUCUGCUCUUUGGCCAGCCGGUGCACGAGACACAUCCACACCUUCUGGAGGCAGGCGAGCUCACCCCCGGCAUCUCGGCCCAGGAGUACUAUGAGCGUCGUUGUGCUCUUGCCGCCGGGCUGCCCGCCGACUCGGCCGCCGUGCUGCCUGCUGCCGACAUCAAGUUCCGCUCCGGUGCCGUCUUCUUUCCCUUCCGCCAGGAAUCCGACUUUUUUUAUCUGACCGGCUUCUCCGAACCGGAGGCACUGGCCGUCGUGCGCAAGACCGGCCCCGGUCGCGAGGACUGUGAAUUCUCGCUCUUGGUCCGGCCCAAGGACGCCCGCGCCGAGCAGUGGGCCGGUCCCUGGAGCGGCAUCGACGCCGCGCGUGACGUCUUUAACGCCGACGAGACGGCCAGCAUCCACGCCGCCGAGACCGUGCUGCCGCGGCUGCUACAGGGCGUGAGCACCGUCUACACCGAUGCGCCGCCGCAGUCGCGCGUGGCUACAAUCCUGCAGGCUGUCUCUGGCCUCGGCCGGACGCUACCGCUGGCUCCUGUCGUCGCCCAGCAGCGCGCUUUCAAGAGCUCCGCCGAGAUCGCAAACAUGCGACGGGCUGGCCAGCUCUCUGGCCGCGCUCUCACCGACGCCAUGCGCCAGCCGUGGACCCGCGAAAAGGAUCUCGCCAACUUCCUCGCCCAUGGCUUCACCCGCGACGGCGGCGACGGUAUCGCCUACGUCCCCGUCGUCGCCGGAGGUCCCCGUGGCCGCCUUAUCCACUAUGUCCUCAACAAUGCCGCACUCACUUCCGGCGAGACUGUCCUAGUCGACGCUGGCGGCGAGUACGGCACCUACAUCACCGACAUCACCCGCACCUGGCCCGUCAGCGGCCGCUUCUCUCCUCCCCAGCGCGAUCUCUACGAAGCUGUGCUCCGUGUCCAGCGCUCGUCCGUCUCGCUGUGCCGCGCUGCUGGCCGCCUCUCCCUCGACCAGAUUCACCGCAUCACAAGCGAGGGCCUGCGCUCUGAGCUGACUAAGCUCGGCUUCGACCUCGGCUCCGGCGACUCUGCCCUCAACGUGCUCUUCCCUCACCACGUCGGCCACUAUGUCGGCCUCGACGUCCAUGACACCCCAAGCUACCCGCGCCACAUCCCGCUGCGUGCCGGACACUGCGUCACCAUCGAGCCUGGCAUCUACGUGCCCGACGACACCCAUUGGCCUGCCCACUUCCGCGGCCUGGCCGUUCGCAUCGAGGACAGCAUCUGCGUCGACGAGGAGGACCCUCACAUACUCACGACGGAGGCAGUCAAAGAGGUCGUCGACAUAGAGGCACUACGCGAGGUUGCAGAGAUAUAA